CCCCUAGAAUGCUACAGCUACAGCUACCUGAAUGACUCGGUUAGAGCACAAGGCUUCUACAACGGAUACUAUGGCUAUUACCAAUGCGAUAGCAACCUUCCAUUUGGAUGGUAUCGAUUCAGUGGGUCAGCAGGAUCUCAAAUGGCUACUAGUUGUGUUGGUAAAAAUCGCUGCAGUUCGCACGCGCCGGGAUGGUUAAGUACCCCGCAUCCUUCAAAGGAUGAUGGCAUAUUCAGUGGUACAGUGUGCUUCCACUGGGACAGUAGUUGCUGUCUCUGGUCGACGAAUAUACGUGUUCGAAAUUGUAGCGGGUUUUACGUCUAUGAGCUUGGACCACCCCCAGCAUGCUGGUUACGUUACUGUGGAAACGGAGGAGGUAUGUUGCAUCUUUUACAACAAACCGUAAAGGUAGGGCCUGUGUGGCAGGCGAAAACAAAGGGUCCCUUUCCUUCUCUCCCCAACCCCCUCUCCCUUUUCCCUCCCUUCCCUACCCCAUUUUUGCGUCUGUCAUGCAGGUUAGAAAAGUAUAACAACCAUUUUUUUUUUCUAACCGAGGAUCUCUGUUAAAUUGCUUUGACAGCUUAUAAUUCAACUAAUUCAAGUCUUGACAGGAUAUCACCGACCCCAGGUAUUUAAUAUUCACUGUUUAAUAUGGAAACAUGACCCAAGUUUAGAGUAACGAAUCAGUCAGUAGGGUAUGAUUCCACAUAUUGAAAGUUACUUAUUUUAAGACCAAAGUAGAUACAACUUUCUUGUUCACCUAUUUGACUGUUUCUCUUUAACUUGCAGCAAUAUCUCCAACAGUUGUAGCUUCUUCCUCAGUCUCUUCCUUUGGUAAGAAAAUUAGGUGGCUUCAAUAUUACACCUUGUUACACCUCGUUACUGUUACUGUUAUUAAUAUAAUUAUAUGAUUCAUAAUUCUGAGAGAGAAAUAGAUAAGCCAAUAAACUAAUAAAGAGUACAAAUCUUACGUUGUAUCUUUGUCACAAACAAAUUAAGCGACGUAGUUGUGAACUUAAGGUGUGUAAACAAAGGGUUUUUUGCCUGUGUUCAAAACUUUUUAUAGCCGAAUGGAAGGUAGUAUGGCAGUUGGCUUCUACUCCAGGGGUUGGGGGGGAUACUCAACAAAUGUUUACACGGGGAGGCUCCGCUCCGAGGUCCAACCCCUUAACCUUUUAAAUACCGUCUUUCCCAAAAAAGUACCUCUUUCAUAAACCUUCUAUUGACAAAUGGUACCCAUUUGACAUACUUUGUUUAGAACUUUGCAUCCCUUUUAACUGCUGUAAACGCCCUGUUCUUUUAAAAAGGAAUCAGUCACAAAAAUUGAACGUUUUCUCGACUUUAUAAAGCCAUAAAAUCCAUCUGUUAGCCCUUUUGGGCUCUUUCACAGACCCAAGCGACAGAUUUCCCUACCCUUUUAUAAUAUAAUUCUACGAGUAAAAUCCCUAUUAUUUCAUAUACCGGAGGCCGGAAAAAUUAAGAUAUCCCUCUCGGGCGGAGUCUCCCCGUACAGGCCAUCAUAGGGAGUACCUCCCCCCCACUCCCCCUGGCUCGUAGCCUAACUGAUAUAUGAUUGAUUAUUAUCAUUUUUUUUUUUACUGAAUAUUGGAAGUGAUACGGAAAGAAUGUGCGAUUAUUUAAACUGUGUAAAGGAUUUUUAUUAUAUUUGAUAUUGCCUCUUCAUUUUAGGUUUGAGGUUAGUUGGAGGAUACUGGAAAGGAGAAGGGAGAGUAGAAAUUUUGUACAAUGGUUACUGGGGAACUGUUUGUGAUGACUACUGGGAUAUAAGCGACGCGAGAGUUGUUUGCCGUGAACUUGGAUAUCCAGACGCAGUUAGUGCUCCACACAGUGCACGCUUCGGUCAAGGAAGUGGUCCAAUUUGGUUGGACGAUGUAUUCUGCUCGGGAAAUGAAAGUUCUAUUGUAGAUUGUGGGCACAAUGGAUGGGGUGUAGAAAACUGCGGUCACUAUGAAGAUGCAUCGGUGAUUUGUUCAAGUGAGUACAACCUAAACAAUCUAUGCAUAUAUUGACGAAUACACUAGUGUGGCUUCAUAUGCGUUAUUCAGUAUGCGCAAAAGCAAGGUAAUAUUAAGGCCUAUAGCUAGUAAGAGUGCAAAACACUGGACCAAAAACUACCUACCUUAGCUACCUACUAGUUUGUUUCUUUUCAUAAAUACUUUUAUUUAACUCUGUGCAUUAAUUUACCUUUUACUUUAUAGCUAAUACAUCUUCAAUACCUACAACUAUUUCACCAACAUCAGGAAACAGAAAACUUCCUUUUUGAUUUUUCCUGCAUUCAGUUUUAAUUAGAAUUGUAAUAAACACAUUUCAUUUUGCACUUGUGGCAGAUAUCUCAGCAGGGACAGUUUCUAGCUCCGCCCCAAGUGGUAGCGGUAAGUAGUUUGACGAUGUUAAUUCUAUAUGCUUAACUUAUAAUUAAUCCGUACAAUAUGGAAAACGUUUGACUACAUUCAUAUGACAGAUACAAGAGAGGAGGAUUUUUUAUUCAGAUUGGUGGUGAAUACUGAACAUUCUGCAACCGUUUACACAGUAAUGUUAAACUUUCGUUCUUUCCAUUCCAAGCAACAUGUGCAAAAUUAAGCCGCCCAGGAUGGGUUUUCACGGAAACAACGUCAACAGACGCUUUACACAACAUCACGAGAGAUGGUCGAAAAAUGAAGAAAAGAAGUGUUGUGUUACCUAAGUUUUAAGUCCAUAUUUAUUUCUUUACGUUCUGUACGUAUUCCACCACGUAUCUCUACUUGGUUGUUUUGUACUGUCUGGGAAUAAAUCGAUAUCGUGCGUAUGAGGAUUAAAUAUUUCUACUAGUGAAUGGGAAGGGGAAAAUUAGGCUACAAAAUUCAUACCUGGUGUAUUUUUCUCCUUUCCCCACUUUUCAGACUUUUUCCAAGGGUCAAACACUUCUUAAAGAAAUUAAACUAAUAUUUGCCAAUUCGUUUUUGCACAGCUGGUCAAAUUGCUCCUUCUUCAUCGUCUGAAUAUUAUGUACCAUCCAGUUCGUAUGCGCUUCCACCUCCUUUGGACUUCCAGUUUCAUGUGCCAGCGGAUUGUGAUCAAAUCUGCACCAACACUCAAGGCAGCUAUAGCUGUUCUUGUGUCAGUGGUUAUCGACUGUCCUCUGAUGGAAAAUCCUGUUUAGGUGAGGUCCCAAGUUAGAAUGGAAGUCAGCUUAGAUCAUCCGAAGUACUCAAUGAACCCAGUAGACGUGUGUGGGUGUUCAGUGGGUAGCUCAGCUCUUGUUUGGAGAUGGGAAUAUAAUCAUAUGAAGGAGUGAUACAUGAUAAAAAGUGACAAAGGCGUUAACAAAUGAUUUUGGCAAAAAAUGUGGAAGAGUUGUGUGGUGUGACUUUUGCGCAAGAAAGGUAUAAAGUGUUUUGAUGUGGCGGAGGGGGGGGGGGGGGGGGCGGGGUUAUUCCUGGGAAUUCUUGGUGGGGCUGUGCCACCCGUUUCUCCAAAUCCUGACCCUAUUUCAGACCAUAAUGUAAUUUUCCACACCCGUUUUCAGACCAGACCUCUAAAAUCCAUACUCGUUAUCAGACCUGGCCUUUAGGCAGAAGUCAUGUUAUCAUUACUUAGAUUAGAGCGCAAACAAAAAAUUCUUCAAAUCCAUUUCGAAUUCGCGUAUUUCUCUUUCUUUCUUACUCAUUUGUAAUUGAAACGAUAAAUACGUUCACACACUGUACUCUCGUAGUUCUUUCAAAAACCACACCCGAUUUCAGACCAACGUGCGUCGUUCAAAAACGUUUUCAGCUGUCCAAUUAGUCAACGAGACGCGAAGCAUCGAGUUUACUAUAUGAGAUUAGAUACUUUUAGAUCCAACGACGCGGAAGACAACAAGAACGCCAAAACAGCAAUUGGUUUAAUAAGCAAAACAACGACUUCGCAGGUGCAUCACACUUUUUUGUACAUUUCUUUCCCGUUUUUGCACGAUUACGACGUGAAAAUGCCGAAUUUCGCGUUUUAUGGAGGACGUAAACAAGCAACGACGAAAUUUUAUUUCUCUUUCUGAGCUUGAAUACGGUCCCUUGAAAUUCAGUUUUUGGAGGGUUCGCCUACAAUUGACAAAGUAAUUAAGUGGGUAGGAAUAAUCGCUAAAAAGACUGAAAGAAUGCAAAUUCGCUUUUUAAGCGACGCUCUGGUCGCCGUCGCGUCGUUGGAUCUUAAAGUCCUUACUAAGAAAACGAGAACGAGUAGGCUAAUUGUUCCAGUAGAAACUAGCAGUCAGUACUACCUACGAUUUGAAUGUGCCAACUAAGAUUUUAAAGGAAAAUAUUAAAUGACAAACAAAAAGUUGGUUACACGACUUCAAUUCACGAAAUACUUUUACACGAAAAAACGACUCAGUUCUUUGUUCUUCUCGUACAUUUUUCGCUGCAUGGUACCUAAACCACUCUAUUUAGCAUUUAUUGCUUUUUAGUUGAUGAGCUUUAAUUAGCUUCACAUUUACAUACUUUUCAUAGAUAUUGACGAAUGUUCAACCAACAAUGGUGGCUGUAGCCAUCAUUGCUACAAUAUUCCUGGAUCAUUUUAUUGUGGAUGCCCGGAAGGUACAACAAUGGCCAGCAAUAAUUUGACUUGUGUUGGUAAGUGUGGUUUCUUUUCAUGACUUGCAAAAUAAAUUCCGAUCGAAGCCAAGGAUAAAGUGCAAAUUAAAGUUAUUUGAUAAGAUAUUUUCUGCAAAACUGAUUAUUGAUGCUUCGCUUAUUUCAGAACCCGGCGUUUCAGUUGUAUGUGACGAGAACAACAUGACUGUUUCGCUGGAGAAGCAAACAUUUCCAUUUUUCAACGUCAGCAGUUUACAUUUGCGUUACUCUUCAUGCAGGUACUCUAUAUUUUUAGUACUGAAUACAAGAGCUCAGCACUGAAUUAACUGCGGUCUGGUUAGCUCAGUUGGGAGAGCGCUGGUUUGCCGAGCGGGUGGUCGUGGGUUCGUUUGACCAAAAACCAGGGUCUUUUAAAAAAACUGUUUAGAUCAUGCAUGGCUGUGGAUACUGAGAAUCUUGUCUCUCUUCAGAUGUUCGCAUCAUUUGGCGGUGACUUUAAGCCGUCGGCCUUGUCUCCUUUAUCUUUCCUUCAUUGGUCAAAUCGAAGGAGACGUAAAAGAAUCCACACUGUUCGAAAGAGUAGGGAAGUUUUCCCGGUGGUGUGGUCUACCUUCAUAUCAUGGGCUGGGUGGGUUUCAGUGAGCUCAUAACUGGACUGAUAACGGCUGCCAGUGUAUGUUGACGUUCGAGCCUACUGUUAACAUCAUAUAGAAUGUUAAUAUUUUAAGAUAAUGUAAAGAGAGUAUGUCUGUUAUCCCGUCUCAUCCACGACAUUUCAUUUAUUUAAUUCAUUUAAACUUGCUACCAUCUUCAUGUUGACGCCAACUAUAGAGAAUGCUUGAACUCGUAACUAUGAUACCAGGUCCCUGGGCCCAGGAUCUCUAAUAUUUUAACGAGGCUCAGUUUCACGGUUGCCUGGUGCAAAUUUGUUGACAUUCUUAAUUACGCCUCACUUCUUUGCUAUGGAACCCUUUUUAACGUAAACGAAUAAAUUGUAAAUGAAAAAAGCACAGUUUCUUGUCCAACAAAUAUACUUCCAGGUCCAGGGGCGUAGAGUAAGAUUUUGAAGUUGCACGCACAAAAGAAAAGUUUUUAGACUGCUCUCCCAGAAAAUUUUUAAAUUUAGGAUCUCGGAAAUGCCAAUUCCUGCCUUUUCCACAGGACAUUUUCAACAUGGAAUAAAAAAAAGGAUAUAGGAAAUACUUACACAAAGACACCAAUAUAAUGGGAAAAUUAGCCGCAGCCAUCCCGAUUAAAUGAUUACAAAAUAAUGUUUCUUUUUUUGCUUACAAAUGUUUUUCUAGGUUUCAGUUGUAAGCACAGGCGUAUGUGCGUAUAUGGACACUAUAGAUGCCCCUGCUUUCUGAGCCGUCGAACGUUACAAACAACAAAGAACUAAAAAGUGUUAGGCCAAAGUUUUUCAAUCCGUUUUUAUCUUCUUCAAGAUUGUACAUACGUCCCUUCCGGGGGCAUAGCGUGAGGUACUGAAAGGUACUUAAACUAGAGGGGAGGGUCUGGGGAUCUAGGGGCAUGUUCCCCCAGGACGUUUUUAAAACUUAGGAGCUUAGAAAAGCCAUUUCUGCGUUUUCGCAAGACAUUUUCAGUGAACAAAUACGAAGGAGAAUGCAAUAAUUAGUUGUUAAAUUUACAUCUGUUGUUAUCGGCAAGGUGCUGAGCAAUGUUUACGGAAAAAAGGUAAAACAGUGACGCGAUCAAGGAGGUUGCACGCGCGCAAAGAGAGAGAUGUCUACCCGACAGAUUUAUCAGUCAUCCCGAUAAAUGCUUUCAGGAUAUAUUUUCCAGAUUUCAGCUGUUAACGCACGGUUGUAUGUGCGUAUAUGGACGCUACGCCCCUGCCUACUUCUGUAUUUGCGGUUUAACUUUAAUUAAACCGCAAAUACAGAAAAUUAAAUUAAAUUAAUUAAAAUACCCAUCCAUUAUUUUGCAGUUGAAAAUUAAGCUUUAUCCAAUUCUAUGUUUAUCCUUUAAUUAUGUUGUCUUUACUUGUUGUCCAUAGAGCUACCGAGAAUUCCACACACUUUUUAAUCAGUACCCCUUUAAAUUCCUGCGGAACACUGGUGAAUGAAACGGAGGAUGCAUUAAUAUUUUGGAACGAAAUCCGAGCAGAUGCAGUGAUUAUUGACAAUGUUAUCACCCGGACACACGAUAUAACAUUUAAAUUUUACUGCAGCUACUCCAGAAGGAAGAUGCUAAGCAUUCAAUUCCAGCCCCAACAAAUCUUCAUUGGAUCAGAAGGUACUCUAAUUUAUGCCUUCUUUUUUUUUUUUUUUUUUUCAUCAAAAAGAAAACAUUUAAAUUGGAAAUUUUAGACUUAACUUUUUCCCUCCAUUUGGCACUAGCGUACCCAAAUGCCCAUUAUCGUUAUACGGUCUGCGUUUCAAGUAUAGUUAGAUGUUUUGCUUUAGAAUAAUGUAUCACGAGUCGGUCGACGUCUUUCAGUCUGCUCAAUCUCCUUUUAAAAGGUAACGUAAAUCUAAUGUGGCACUGAAAUGUCAGGCUACCUUAAAGUUAUUAGACUUACCUGAGACAAAACCUUCGUCUUUCCCAUCACAAAGUUGAAAAUAUUCGACUGCGCCUUUAAACAACAAGAGAACAGGUCUGCAUUGAGCUACAUGCUCAAGAAAACUGUAAAUGUGCAAAGGAUUUUUGACAGAGUUCAUUCUACAGUAGAAAUCCGGUAACUCGAACUCUGAAGGCAAACGAAAAACAGUUCGAGUUAGCGAGGGUUCGAGUUGUCGGGGUUGAUUGCAAAAUUAAAUUUUUAUUGUUAAAAAUUGAUAGUUACUGAUCACUUUCAGCACUGCUGUGUAUAUAUAAUGCCCCUGCAGUGCAAGUUUAACUUGUUUUAUCUGAAACGGUAACAUGAUUUAGACCUCAGCUGAAACGUGAUCUGUUCGUUACACCACUAAAACAAGAUUUCUGUAACUGUUAACCAGUGUAUGUUAGAUUAAAUGUUUUCACUGAUUACACAUCAAGAAGAGCUAAUAGAAUGACAUCCGAGUCUGGAGUCAAGAACCAGGAUACGAGUUAUCGGGUAAUUUUCAGUGACUUUUUGAUCAAGGGAAAGGAAAUUUAGUUUGAGUUAGCAGAGAAUUCGAGUUAAAGUUAACCAAGUAAAAAUGACUGAAAAGUGGGGUGAAAUCCAAAGGACUUUCGAGUUAUCCGCGAGUUCGAGUUAUCGGGGUUCUACUACUGUAUUUCCAUACCAAAAAGAAGCCUAUUUUAAUGAUAUUUUGCUUCCUUCUUAGCUGGAUAUGGGAAUUUCACUUUCAAAAUGGACUUUUACAAGACUGCAGCAUUUGCCACUCCCUAUGCGGAGAAGGACUACCCUAUAUUGGUCGCGUUAAAUGAGUAUCUUUACGUGAAGUAUAGUGUUGAGUCCAGCGCCAACCUGGUGAUCAUGGCCGAAAACUGCAAAGCCACAAAAUAUGGAAGUUUCUACUCCUGGCCUUAUUAUAACAUUAUACAGAAUGGGUGAGUGUAACAUAUGUCUAGGAUUUAGGUUUCAGGUAUUCCCUCAUUUUCCACAGGGGAAGUUGAGCGAGCGAAAUACGUGAGUGCUUGUGAAAUUGCCACGCGCGGGAGAAGCGAGACGCGUUGCACCUGCCUUGCGGUUGGUGAUUUUCACGCCCUCUCGCAUAUUUCGCUCGCUCUUAUCAUCACUGAGGAAAUACCUGUAGUCUAUUUCCCUAUAAAUAAAUAAAUAAAUAAAUAAAUAAAUUGGUUUAUUGCUACCUUUUGCAGUGAGAACUGAAUUACAGGUAGGGUCAGAAAUAACGGGAAUCUAAGGAAAUAAAUAAUACAAAAUAAGUAUGUAAGGCGCUUAGGAAUCUAAAUAGGUGGCAUAUUUGCACGUAUCGACUUCGUGUUGAUCCUUAAGCAUGCUUUACGUCGCUUUUUCCGGGUAUUUGAUCCUCCAUGAUUGCGGGCCGCAACUUCCUGAACAGCGACUGGAAAUCGAGCCUCCUUAAUCCUUUACAGGGCUCAGAAGUUUGAUAUCAUCAUUCGCAACUGCUAUGGUAACAAAAAUUAUACUUCAGCGCUGAACUAGACUAGCCUUUGCGACGGAGUUAAUCCUCAUCCUUGAGUAGAGUUUAUACUCUUGAUGGGGGGAUAGGUUUGAGCGGAUGAACGCCCAGAAAAAUCCAUAGCAUUAAAACUAAAAUAUGUUAAUUUAUUUUUUAUUUACAUUUUACACUAGUUGCGAGCAAGAUACAACUAUGGAAUACACGUAUAAUCCAUUAGCGAGCUCCCAGCAACUUAAAAUUAGAUCGUUCAGGUUCUUCAACGAUUAUGACGUUGUUUACUUUCACUGCGAGUUGUUGGCUUGUUACAGAGGCAGUUCUAAUUCCAGGUAAGUCUAUUGUAAACCCUCCAUGUUACACCGAAGAAGAGGCAGUUCUAAACCGCGGAAAACCGAAUAAAACUCUACUGUAAUUCCAUUCCCGUUUUUUAUUGCAAUGUUCUGUGCUUACCAUUUACACAAACCACCCGGGUGGAAAUCUUGUGCAUUAACAUAAAACUGAAGAACUUGACGUGAUGGGAGAACGACCCGCUACAAAGUAAAUCAAAAUCGACUGCACAGACUUAAAAGAGUAGAAAAAUUGGCAUCGCCUCAAAUCACAGCCCAUAUUUUCGGAAGGUUCCCAAACGUAAUGGCGCGAACCAUUUGAUUUUCCAACCGGGAUUUCCGGUUGUCUCAUGUAAAUGGUAACUUCACUCUCUAAAGGACGGAUAGUUUGACGGUAGCAAAAUUUUGAGGGGCAUUACAAGAUGUAUUAUGGAAGGUGUACAAGUGGCGUCGAUAUGACUGAAGCUGAAAAAAAAAUUCGAUGAUUUAUAAACCGAAGAUUUUGUUUAUAGAUGCAGCAGGGGUUGUUUAAGCAGCAAAAGAAGAAAGAGACGAGGCACAGUUGAGGAAGACAUAGAACAUGAAGAAAGUACAAGCACACAUAUUCUCUCCAGCGGCCCAAUAAUGAUCAAGGAAACGGAGACUGAGACGGAAGAACGUGAUGAAGGAGGUAUGACGUAUGGACAACUAAAUAUGCCGACAGUAGUUUUAAGUGAAAGGAGGGAGGGUUGCCCACAAAUUCCAAAUUCCAAGUUUCCCACAAGCCAACUUUAUAGUUACAGGUGGAAACAAGGCUGGAGGUGACAGUCACGAGUGCCUUUUUUGUAUCAAAACAAGUUAAGGUCAACCUCACGUUUACUCAAAGGCUAUGAUGCUAAGCGCAAAACCUGUAAAUUGGCAGGAGCCCAUAACCCAGAGCGACUUAAAAGAUAUUCUAAAUUCGCACCAAAAUCGUUCUAAAAAAAACUUAUCGGUAAAAACGCCAUAACACCAGGAUAUGGAAGUUGCUUGUUUAUGGAAUUCUGUUGGCCAAGUGCCAAGUGGAGGUAGGCCGGUUACUUUUUACGUUUCUCUUUUAUGAAGAGAAACUAUAGGCCGCGAAGAUUAAUAAAAGCUAAGCACACAGAGAAAAUAAACGGUCAUUAUUCCUGGAAUAUAUAUUUAGAAGAAGCAUUUUAGAUUUGCCGGAGCUCGUUCUCAGAAGAACACAAAACUUAACCAUAAUUGACCUGGAGAAAAAAAAAGAUCGAACAAAUUUACAUUGGGAACCCCAUGACUACGAGAUUUGCUAUGUCAACACUUAUUUACAUCAUCAGUAUAGAAUUUUUGUCGCUGAGGCGCAGACGUCCCUUCUGUCGAAACGACCUUAGCGGCGGGGAGCGAGGAGAGGCGGCUGUUUUCGUUACUUGUCUGUUUUAUCACAGAAAAUUUGGGAUCAGUAUACGUUUCUGAGAAUCUGCCCACCUACCACUCCCCUAAACCAACAUUUUGCCUUAAGUGAGAAUUAAGUGUUAAUGUUUGUUAAGGGGAGGGGUAGGUGGGUGUGUGCAUGGCUGCUGGCCACCUGAUUAAAAACUCUUUAUAGUUUUUCCUUCUCUUUCAUAUUGGUUUUAGACUUAUCUACUAAUCGAAGUUUCUUUUUCCUUUGUGGUAGAUACUGGAAAAAGCCAACAAACUGCUUUGAUUGGUGGUGCAGCGGCCGCGGGAGGACUGUCCCUAAUUGUUAUCAUAGCCUUGGCUGUUUUAGCCGUUAAGUACCGCAUUGCACGAAGAUUCAUGAACAGGAACAAGGUCGGAGACUUGUACACUACCCAAGAUGAACAGAUGAGUCGAAGAAAUGCCUACAUCCAAGAGGACGAUAUGAUCGAAAGGGAAGACUCCUUCUAA